UUAUCAUAUGACUUAUCAGUGCUGGGCUCGUCUGACAGAGCAGUAGCAGAGAUGGCGAUAGGCUCAAAUUAUGGAGCUUUCAUGGAGAAAUUCGUUCUGCAACCACACUCUUCAUCACAUGACCUUCCUUUGAGUGGCCUCACUUUUGCUGUCAAAGACAUAUUUGAUGUGGCUGGAUAUGUGACUGGAUUUGGAAAUCCUGAUUGGGCAAGAACUCACCCAGCUUCCGAAUCAACAGCUCAAGCUGUUUCGGCAAUCUUGAGGGGAGGUGCCACAUGUAAUGGUAAAACUGUCAUGGAUGAAAUGGCAUACAGUAUAAAUGGAGAGAACAAGCAUUAUGGUACACCCAUAAAUCCAUGCGCACCGGAUAGGGUGCCUGGAGGAUCAUCUAGUGGCUCUGCUGUUGUAGUAGGUGGAGACCUUGCAGAUUUUUCCUUAGGAACUGACACUGGAGGAAGUGUUAGAGUUCCUGCCUCAUAUUGUGGAAUUUUUGGAUUUCGGCCAUCUCAUGGUGUCAUUUCUACUUCUGGAGUUAUUCCUAUGGCACAAAGUUUUGAUACUGUGGGAUGGUUUGCCAGGAAUCCUGCGAUUUUGAAUAGAGUUGGAAGAGUGUUACUGCAAUUGUCUGAUAUGAAUCCUGUCGGACCUACUCAGUUAAUCAUUGCAGAUGACUGUUUCCAGCUUUCAAGCAUUCCAAGCAAUCGAGUAAAACAAGUACUUGUUGACUCAGUUGAGAAGUUAUUUGGGGGUCAUGUUAUAAAGCAUGCUAACCUUGGGGACGUUGUUAAGGACAAAGUUCCAAGCUUGAACUGUUUCUUGGAUAAAGGAAAUGCAGGUCAAGAGUAUAAUAUUCCAUCCUUGGCAGCCCUAUCAAGUGCCAUGCGUCUACUUCAAAGGUAUGAGUUCAAGAACAACCAUGGUGAAUGGGUCAGUACAGUCAGACCUGAUUUAGGUCCUGGGAUAGCAGAACGUGUAUGGGAAGCUGUUCGAACAACAGAUGAAAAUGUCGAUGUAUGUCACUUUGUGAAGAAUGAAUUUCGUGCUGCUCUUACUGACCUUCUUGGGGAUUUUGGUGUCCUCGCAAUUCCUACAGUUCCAGGGGCUCCCCCAAAACUGCAAACAGAUCCUACUACACUGGAAACUUUCCGUGCCAGGGCUUUUAGCUUGCUAUCCAUUGCCGGAGUAUCUGGGUUCUGCCAGGUUAGCAUACCACUAGGCCUGCAUGAUGACCUACCUGUUUCAGUUUCCUUGUUGGCAAAACACGGCUUGGAUGGCCUCCUGCUCAAUCUUGUUGAGACUCUUUAUGACACUCUCAAAGAACAGGUUGGAAACUUGGGGUUGCUGACAAGAUUAUGAGUUGCAAUUUCUGAUCUCUUCCUCACGUAUGAGUGUAAGUUCUGAUGUCUAAAAUAGACAGGAAUUUCCCCGCUUUCAUCCUUGUGUAUGGCUCAUGAACAAGUAGUUAUACUAGCAAACUCAUUUGAGCCUGACCAAUUGGCCCAGUUUCAAGCCGUUAAAGCUUUUAUAACAGCUUUUAUGGUCACAUUUCCAGAUACUAAUAAUAUCUUGUGAGAGCACCCAAAAGUAGGUAAAGAAAUAAGGCCCUUGUGGUUCUUCUGCACAAUAGGCCAUUAAAAAUUAUGAAGAACCUACUUCGGUUGCUCUUGCUGCCAUUAAAUUUAAACUAGUAGAAGUGACGUAAGUAGUGGCAAAUGCCUGGUCAAGGAAGAAGGCGGGGGUAGAGGUAGGUAGUAGGUAAGUUAAACAAGAGCGGGCGCUCUCUUCAGCCUCUGUCAACCUACUUUGGUUGCUCUUGCUGCCAUUAAAUUUAAACUAGUAGAAGUGAAGUAAGUAGUGGUAAAUGCCUGCUCAAGGAAGAAGGUGGGGGUAGAGGUAGGUAGUAGGUAAGGUAAACAAGAGUGGGCGCUCUCUUCAGUCUCUGUCAACCCUGCGUUCAACAAAUGACAACUUGUAUUUUAUGGGCUUCUCACUUCAUUAAUCUUUUAUUUUUCGGUCAA